AUGGCUGACUUCGUGCUAGAAUAUUCCCGAAGACCUAGCCAACACCAAGAAUCAAGUGAACAAAAAUGGUGGACUCUGCGAGUUGACGGAGCCUCACGAUCAUCAGGAUCUGGAGUUGGGCUUCCACUACAGUCCCCAACUGGGGAACAUCUGGCGCAAGCCAUCCGAUUGGGAUUCUCUGCCUCUAACAAUGAAGCAGAAUACGAGGCUAUCUUGUCUGGAUUGGACCUCGCCCUUGCUCUAUCCAUCUCCAAACUCUGGAUCUACAGUGAUUCGCAACUCGUGGUAAGGCACGUCCAGAAUGAAUAUGAGGCUAAGGACGCACGCAUGGCGCGAUACUUAGCUAAAGUAAGGAAUACCUUGCAGCAAUUCACCGAAUGGACAAUCGAAAAAAUCAAGCGAACUAAAAAUGGGCGCAUUGACGCCUUGGCCGGCAUAACUGCCUCCCUCCCUAUCAAAGAAGCUAUUCUAUUGCCUAUACAUGUGCAAACCAACCCCUCUGUCGCAAAGAUCUCCACUUGCAAUACCAUUGAGGCAAACCAAGCGGAUAGCCAAGAAUGGACAUACAACAUCGCAGAAUAUAUCCAGACAGGCACUCUACCCGGAGAUCCCAAACAGGCACACAAAGUCCGGGAGGACGAUCUCUGGCACAUAGAGCCCAUUCGCAAGGAUAUUAUUAGCCAACAAUGA